AUGUCUCGUCAGUCCACUGUCACCUUUAAGACAGGGAGCCGAAGGGGCUUCAGUGCUGCCUCUGCCACCACCCCUACUGCUGGACGUUCCCGCUUUAGCUCUGUCUCCAUGGUUCGUUCAUCAGGAGGCCAUGGAGGGUUAGGGAGGAUCAGCAGUGUGGGGACUGGCUUUGGCAGUCGAAGUCUCUACAAUCUGGAUGGGUCAAAGCGAAUCUCCAUCAGUGGGUCCAAUAGUGGCUUCCGGAGUGGAUUUGGUGAGAGAGUGGGUGGAUAUGGCUUUGGUAGUAGCAUUAAAAUUGGACUUGGUUUUGGAGCUGGGGUUGGGGGUGCUUAUGGGGGUUCUGCAUUCCCUGCCUGCCCACCUGGUGGUAUUCAAGAGGUCACUGUGAACCAGAGUCUACUGGCUCCUCUUAACCUGCAAAUCGACCCCACCAUUCAGAGGGUGAAGAAGGAGGAACGAGAACAGAUCAAGACCCUUAACAACAAGUUUGCCUCCUUUAUUGACAAGGUAAGGUUCCUUGAACAGCAGAACAAGGUGCUGGAAACAAAAUGGACACUGCUCCAGGAGCAGGGUGUGAAGACCGUGAAGGAGGAUAAAGAUUCACUUUUUGAAAGAUACAUCUAUAACCUCCAGAGACAGCUUGACACCAUAAAAAGUGGAAGGGGGAGGCUUGAUGCUGAUCUGAGGAACAUGCAGGAUGUUGUAGAAGAUUAUAAGAACAAGUACGAAACUGAAAUUAACAGACGCACUGCUGCUGAGAAUGAGUUUGUGGCCCUGAAAAAGGAUGUUGAUGCUUCCUAUUUGAACAAGAAAGAAUUGAAUUCUCGCUUUCACACCUUGACAGAUGAGAUAAACUUUCUCCAGAUGUGUUUUGAGAUGGAGUCACAAGAAAUGCAAACUCACAUCUCAGACACUUCUGUGGUGCUUUCUAUGGACAACAACCGACGCCUAGACCUGGAUAGCAUCAUUGCUGACGUGAAAGCCCAGUAUGAGGACAUCGCCAAUCACAGCCGGGCAGAGGCAGAGUCUUGGUACCAGACCAAGUAUGAGGAACUUCAGGUCACAGCAGGACGCCAUGGAGAUGACCUCCGCAACACCAAGCGUGAAAUUGCUGAGAUGAAUCGGGUGAUCCAGAAGCUGAGAGCUGAGAUUGACAGUGCCAAGAAGCAGUGUGCCAAUUUGCAGACAGCCAUCGCUGAUGCUGAACAACGCGGUGAGAUGGCUCUCAAGGAUGCCCGGGCCAAGCUGGUAGACCUUGAAGAUGCCCUGCAGAAAGCUAAACAAGAUAUGGCGCGUCAGCUUCGGGAGUACCAAGAGCUGAUGAAUGUCAAGUUGGCCCUGGAUAUCGAGAUUGCCACCUACAGGAAGUUGCUGGAAGGAGAAGAAUGCAGGUUGAGUGGAGAGGGAGUUGCACCAGUUAAUAUCUCUGUGGUCACCUCUACUGUCUCCAGCGGCUAUGGCAGUGGCAGUGGUGUUGGCGGCACCAGCCUGGGUUUGGGUGGGGGUACCAGCUAUUCCUACACCACCAGUGGUGGGCACAGCCUGAGUAGAGGGCUGGGGAGCACUGGUUUCAGUGCUGGCAGUGGCCGAGGCCUGGGAGGUAGCUUUGGCGGUGGCAGUAAUUCCAGCGUUAAGUACGUCUCCACCACCUCCUCUAGAAAGAGUUACAAGCGUUAGAUGUCCUCCAUCAAUAUCUCUCCCAAUUUCACUUCAUUGUGGAUUUUGGUAUUACUGCCCAUAUUCAGGCAUCAUCUCUU